GGCUGGGGCGCACGGGUGUCAACUAAAUUUACAGUAACGAUAGAUAGUAUGAUGUGAUAGGUGGGAGAAGAACGUUACGGUAAACGUCAUCAUCGUUUUCGAGGGCUCUACGAGUGACUUCUCACUGUCGUCAACUUCAAUCAAUCAUCCCAUCGUACUUAAUCUAACUCACAACAACAACAACAACAAUCACCACCACCACGAAACGGAAGGGAAGAAGCAGAGAACAAACAAACAGAAACAAGCAAAGAAGAAGAAGAAAAAGAACAAAUGCCACACCAACCGCACCUCGAAGAAACCCAAGCAAUCUCAGUCUUCACACCAGUAAACCUCCUCCUCCUCACACUGGCUCUGUACCUCAUCUACACGCGCCUGAGGCCAAACCCGUCCCCUCCCCCGCCACUCCACUCAUCUUCCGCAGCCGGCCAAGCCAUAGUCUUCAAAACCUUCACGCCAAAGACCCUGCAGCCCUUUAACGGCACCGACAAUGCUAGGGUGUACCUCGCCGUCAAUCGCAAGGUCUUCGACGUCACGGCCGGCAAGGGCUUCUACGGGCCCGGCGGGCCCUAUAGCAACUUUGCCGGGCGCGAUGCGUCCAGGGGCCUGGCACUCAAUAGCUUCGACGCGGAGGUGCUCACCGAGGUCGGCGCGCCCAUCGACUCGCUGGAGGAUCUGAAGGAGGAUGAGCGUGUCGCGCUCAACGGGUGGGCCGAGCACUUUGAGGGCAAGUACUUGCUGGUUGGGAGGUUGGUUGAAGAGGGGAGUGAGGAGGCUAAGGAGGCGGAAAAGGAGGAGUAGUAGGGAUCGGUUGUUUUCAUCUUCGUUCAACAGAUACCGGUAUUUACUGUUUGUGGGUUGAAUUGGCUCUUAGGGUUUCAAUGGAAUCCUGCUUCAUAUCCUAUCAAGCUGUUUGGGGGUGGAAGUACCAUAUGCAAUUGUUUUUCCCUUCCUGCAA